AAAGCGAACGCAUACAUAUCAGCGAAAAUAUAUAUAUUGGACAUUUACCUUGUUGGUGUUGUUGAUAUUCAAAGUAGAGAUUCCAUUAUCGCCCAGUUAUCGAAACAGAACGCAAACCAACAACAAAAAACUAAACGCAAAAUUAAUUGGCGCAUGUUACGUUUUUGCCUAUUUGGUGUCCGGGUCGAUUUUUAGUUGCCAAACGGUCGUCGUUUCGUUACGGCGCGUGAGAAAAUCAAAUCGAUCCAAAUCGAACAAAAGCCAACCGAUCAGCUCAAAAUGUACGGGGCCACGGGCGGCACGGCCAUUAAGAAUUUCCCAUCAUUGCGAACGGCCGUACUAUGGGCCGGAAUACUUGGCGUGAUUCAAUCAGUCAUCUGGAUUGGUCUUACGAUAACAUCCAUAUUGGCAUAUUGUUGCAUUCUGUAUAUAGCGCCGGAAUUGAAUUUUGGCACCAUGAUGAAGUAUGUGUUCUUUAAAGUAUACUUCCACACGGACUACUGCAAAAUGCCACUCGAUUAUUAUCAAAACUUCAAUUAUACAUUCUUGAAUGAGGUCCAAACGGUCUUCGAUCCCACACAAUUACUGAUCUGGGAUUCCGUAUAUUUGGGUGUAGCUGUUUGCUGGUUUAUUGUCUCCAUUGCGCUAUUCCUGUUUGUGCGUAAAGACAAUGUGAAGCAAACUCUGGCAGCCAUCUAUACUUGGGGCUUUUUUAUACUAAUCAUUUGUGCGAUGGAUGUAACCGCUGGAGUUAUUUUUGGUGUGGAUUUUGGUCGGUUCCAUGCAGCUGCUUCAAUAUAUAAUGCCAACGAUAUGAAUGCAGGAGAAAUUUAUCCAAUGGCAUCCACCCUAAUGGCAGGCGGAGUGGCUGCCAUUGCCAUGAUGAUAAUAUCCUUUAAAGGUUUCAUUUUAUGGUUCAUCAAUUUCGGCCUCUUGAUCUAUUUACUAAUACGAGCUGUUCGCAUUGCCACCGAUAAGGAUGGAACGGAUACUUUGUUCAAUCCACGCAAGGAUUCCAAUGAUAUACUGACCACCAGACCCCCCAUACGCGCCUAUGAGGAAGAAGAGAGAGUGGAAAUCCGUGGCUAUAGCAAUGAUGUAUUCGUACCGGAUAGAAGCUCUACUGCGGAAACGAUUGAAGUCAAUGAGGAGGCCAUUGUACGGGCAGCACAUUUGUCACGCGACGCCAAUCUAUUGGAUCGCCGUUUUCGUAAUAUUGAUGCAUUUCAACAGUAUCCGGCCCCAAAGAAUCAGCCACCACCUGCACGCCAGGCAUCACAGGCUCCAGUGCAGCAGGAAACCAUCCUGGUGGCCACCAAUGGCUAUCCCAUGCCGGACUAUUCGCCGCAAUUGAGUCCCAAUGGCAAUUUGCGCCAUCAUCAAUACCAAUAGAAAACAAAUAGUAUUGUUUUUGUUUACACAUAUUUAAUAUUAUUAUUAUAAUUGUUUUUUUUUUUUUUGCCCAUAAUAUAAUUCUCAAAUAGUAUUGUAUAUCCCAACCAACCCACCUGCCCGCCUUCUACGAUCAGCCGUAUUCCAAAGAAAAAAUUUAAAGUUUACACUAAUAUAUACAUAUAUAUAUUUUUUUUUUACAAGCUAAUAACAAAAUAAAUAUGCAAUUUGCACUUGUAAAUAUGUAUACUAUAUACUAUAA